CAUUUAUUUCAACCUUUUCACUUGAUUAGUCGAGUUGGAAAUUGAAUUAGUUGUUACACUCUCGCUAUCAACGAAAGUCUUGAGAUUCAUUUUGAGUUAAUCAAAGUUUGUGGUCAUUUACAAACAAUCCAAAUCAACAAUGAAGGGAUUAUUUACUUCUAUUGUUUUAUUAACCUUCCUCUUCUCAUUAGGAAAUGGUUUACCUGUUGCUGAAUCAUCAACUGAAUCUGCAAGUUUUUACAAUUCAAAAUCCGAAACAGUUGCAGUACCAGUAGACAGUGUUGAUGCUAAUGUUUUAGUUGAUGCUUCAGUCGCAUCAGUAGACGAUGGUCCAUCCGACGUUACCCAGGAUAAAACUUAUAAAGUUGCAGAGGCUUCCAAAGUGAAGGAUAGUGAUGUCCCUUCAACAUUAGUUUCAGUUGAAGAAAAGAAAAAGAAGAAAGGCAAAUCCGAUGAAGGCAAAGUUCAGGUCGUAAAAAAGGAGGAAUCAGUUGUCGCUGAAGUUUCUGAAGUCGCUGCUGCUCCUGUUGUUGCCGCUUCGCCUGUUGUUGCUGCUUCGCCUGUUGUAGCUGCUGCUCCUGUUGUUGUUGUUGCUCCUGUUGCUCCAGUAGUUAAAUCUGUAGCACCAUCAUCAUCACCAGUAUCUCAACCAGACUCUAUCCCUGUUCAAACUGAGACUCCCUCUCAGUAUUCAGCAGAAGUUACUGAGGAAUCACUUAAAAAGUUGAAAAGUCCUGAAGUUGCCUCUGUGGUCGCUGCUCCAGCUGAGAAAGUUGAACCUGCCAAAGCUGCUGAGGUUAAAAAUGAAUCAAGCUCUUCCGAAAUUUCAGCCUACCUUGCUGAACCUAUAAAUCAGGCAACCAAAUUACUUGUUGACCUUGAGGAACAGAUCAAAGGUUACUUGAACACUGACUUGAAUGAUGCUGCAGCUUCAACUUUGAGUCCACAAUCUUAUGGUGCUGGAUCCAAUGAACCAGAAAUUGAGCCAAGUCCAACUGAUGCCCGUCAAAAUGAACAGAUUACUGGUAUGGUUGAUCAAAUUGAUCAAACUAUCCAAAAUCUUGAUCAAUCAAUUGAAGAUUUGAUGGCUAAUCGACGAUACAUGACCGCUGCUAUGAUGAGAUCAAUGAGAUCUUACCUUAAAGGAGUACAAAACAAUUUACAGCGUCUCCAGAAUCGUUUGAGAGCUCUUCAAGCUGUAGCAUCUUCUGCUAAUGCUCCACCCGCCGAUGAAGGUGCUGGUGGUGCUGCUGGUGCAACUGGUGCUUUCCCAAGCAACGCAUUUUUUGAAAGUUUAAGAGUCAGAGUGAACAGAAUCACCAGUGAUAUCACUAAUUUGAUGAAUCGCAUGAGAUCAACAUUGGUUUCAUCUACUACUGCCAGACCGUCCAAUGGUUAAUAAUUUUGUCCUCUUGGUGAAUUAAUACCGACACAAGAUGUAUUAUAACGGGUCAUUGCAUCAAUAAAGUUAACUUAAUCAAUGAAA